UUUGUUUACGGAUGAGCAUUCUUGUUUCGCGUUAUCGAUUUAUAUAUGGCUUAUAUGUGACGUGAUCUUAAUAUGAGUAUGUUUUUAAAUAAAAAUCACCAUGAUAUAUUUUGUAUAGAAGAGGCUAUUAUUUUGGCUGGAGUAGUUUGUGGAAGACAGAAGACCAGUGGUAACAAGUUACAGGUUGACAUGCACUAAGAAGAAAAACGCAGUUCCUGGCCAGUUGACACUUAACUUUUAAUAGAAUAAAUUACAGAAUCGGUAAAGAUGUUUGCUGGAGACAGUUUGCCAGCACAGGUGUGCCAUCAGUGUAUUCAGCAAGUUAAUUCCUCAUAUAAUUUUAAACUGCAGUGUGAGAGCUCAGAUAUAGCACUGCAUCAGUACCUCAGGGAUUUGCAACCUCAGUCAGAUUCAUAUCAGGAAGAAGACAAAAAGUUGUAUUCUGUAUCUCCUAUUGAGAGUGAUGAUGAGUGUAGAGAUGACUUUUCUGAUGUGAAAAUUGACGUAAAAGAUUUUGAGAACCAGGAGCCAAGGUCACAUGAUAGACACUUUUUGGCACAAUCUUUGGAUCUGCAAGACAAAUGUGGACCAGGAUCUUCAGAUCAAAAAAUUGGAUCAGAACAUGGUAAAACACACAAUAAGGCCAAAUUGAAUUGUGAGGUUUCUUCAGCUGACAUUUCUGACAGUAAAGAAGGCAUACAUCAGAUCUGUUGUUCACAUGUUUGUGGUAAAGACUGUGCUGAGAAUGGAGAAGAAAUGAAAUUGAUUAAACGGAGACAAGGCACAGCUCAGGUGAAUGGAACUGCUGAAAAGAAAGAUGGUUUAAGAAGACAGAAAAAUACUCCUGCACAAAAUUGUAGAGCUCCAAAGAAGCGGAGAGGUCCGAAGAAGAGGCAAAGUGUCGAUAUUUCUGUUGUGAAACAGGAAGAAGUGAAGGCAGAGGAAAUAUUUGACAUCCCUGUCCUUGAUAGAUUUGGCGUGAUAGAUGAUGAUGAUAUGAUUGAAGCUUUGCCAAUGAUUCAGGAGAAGGAGCGGUUUGUUUGUAAUGAGUGCGGUAAUGUUUUCGCUCAGAAAAGUGGUCUGUUGAAGCAUCUGAGGACACACACUGGAGAGAAACCUUUCUGUUGCUCAAUGUGUGGCAAGACAUUUCGUCAGAGUGGUAAUCUUACAUUACACAUAAGGACACAUACUGGUGAAAAACCAUUUUCAUGCACAAUGUGUGGAGAAAGUUUUGGUCAGAGUAGUACUUUGACACGUCAUAUGAGGACACACACGGGUGAAAAACCGUUCUGUUGUCAGGUAUGCGGUAAAAGCUUUGGGCUCCGUAAUACCCUUACCUUGCAUGAGAGGUCACAUAUGGAUGACAAGCCUUUUAACUGUACUGUUUGUGGAAAACGGUUUCUUCGUAGCAGUAACCUCAAUGAGCAUAUGCGUACACACACGGGAGAAAAACCCUUCUCGUGUACAGAGUGUGGAAAGAGUUUUGUUCGCCGCUGUGAUCAUAAGAUACACAUGAGGAUGCAUUCUGGUGAGAAGCAAUUUGCUUGCACUGAGUGUGGGAAGUCCUUUCUUCGAAGCACUGAACUUAAGAUUCACAUGAGGUUACAUACAGGCGAAAAACCAUACUCAUGUCAGGACUGUGGUAAAAGGUUCAUUAGAAGUAAUCAGUUAAAGAGGCAUAAAAAGACACACAUGAUUAUAAAACCAUUUUAAGUGUUAAAAUUUAGUACUGUGUUAGUUUUAUUAUGUAAAAAGUUCUGGAAAGGAUAUUCCAAAAAAAAAAAGUCAAGGAUGAUAUAAGGACAUUUUUUUCUGUACAAUAGGACCCAAUUGCUGUGGUUAUAAUCAAACUUUUAAGAUACAGCAGAGGAAAUGUGUUGUCUUAUCUAGAUAUUGUGGAAUUAUUUCUAUAGACUAUAACCUAUGUAAAAACUCACUUAAGACCUUUUGGUGUAGUGGUAAGAGCUGUGUUUCGAAGGUACCCAGUUUAAGUCUGAACUAGGUUACUGGUUUCCUAGCUUAUAAUUUUCAUGAUUUUCCUGUCUUCAGCCAAGCAUUGGGAUAGUACAUAUGAGGUUCUAUCGAAAAGUUCCUGGACUGUGUCAAACAAGAAAUGCUGAAAGGGGAGGAGGCGCCAGUUUUAUUUCUGUAGAUAACAUAACAAUUUGAAAUUUGAGGUUUCCAGUGGUGGUGACGAUGAGUACUGUGUUAAGGAAUGUGAUGCAAUAUGGUCUGGUAGAAGUUACUGAAAUUCUGGAGAAAUUUACUGCCUCCAUCUUCAGGAUUAACGUGUAAACUGAACAUGGAGGGAGCAAGCAGUGUGAUAUAGAGUAUCACAUUUCAGAGUACUGUACUUCACAGAAUGGACUGGAAUGAGACUGAACUCUCUGGGAAAUGUAAGCACAACUAGAUUUAGUGUUUCAGUAAAAGAAUGUACCCAUGUUAAUCUCCUUUGUAGAAAUAAUUUGAUAAAAGAAAUGUAAUUACUGGUUGUAGGCUUUCGUGAUGGUUCGUUGCUGAUGUUGGUUCUUCUCGUGGCUCUUCAUUCUGUGUGGAUCUACAUGCACCCUGAAGAUGGAGGCAGCACAUACCUCUGAAAUGUUGCAGAGACCCAAGAGCAGAACCAACAUCAGCAAAGGAGAUGUAAUAUAAAUACUGAAUAGUGUGCUGUAGCAAAGGCCAUAGAGUCUAGAUUUGGUUCAUUGAGAAAGUUAAUGGACUGCAUAUGUGUGAUUUUGUUUUGCUGUCUGCCUGUAACCCAUUAAAUAGCCUUUCUUUCCCCACGAGUUAAAUCCAUAUUUAUUAACACUUUGCGGACCGCGCACCCUUUAAAAGGUUUUUCGCUUUUAAACAUGGUGGAUCGUUCGCAUGUUAACAGGCUUUUAAAACACGAUAAGUUGCAACACACUAUACAUCUCUCUGGCCCCACCUAGCUAGCACGUAGCUGCUUGCAGCUGCGUUAUAAGGCUCUGGAAUGUCUGCUGACCAAUCAGUUACUAGACCUCGCUGUAACUCUAUGCCCCUGCAAAGGAAAAUAAAUGCCUUUAUUUCUUCAAGCUUUACGUAGCAAGCUGUCAGUCAGUAGUUCAAUAUGGAUCAAAGACCAAAGCAGUUGACACCCAAGUGAUUUCUUGGAGAACAAGAAAUAUCUGACUUCUUCUCCUAUGAGCUAUCUGACGUCCCUUGUGAGUCUGCUGGU